AGGGCCGUUGUCAUGGUACUCUGCAACGAACUGUACAAGCAACGCUUAUUGCCUCCCUCUUUCUCCGACUUCAUUUCUCUUUUCGCUUCUUCCAGAGCAAAAGGAGAAUCCUUCGUGAAUUCAACUCCAAGUAACUCGUCAACCUUCGUGUCUUGCUGCGUUUCCUCUCUCUGUUCUCUGAUUUUGAGGGAUCUUAUAGGUUCUUGGGUGUUCUGGGUCCACAUCCCUCCACUCGAUCUCUGUGAUUCAGUUCCCUUUCAUAUUCUUUGUGCCGUAUUUUGUUCUGAUGGCAUUAUUGUUUGAGUUUUUCGAAUUUUGCGUAUAGAGAGAGAGAGAAUUGAUGGUCAUAUACAGGAGGCUGAUUCGACUAGGAUCGAACUGCAAUGUCGGUCUUCGAAUUGAUGCCUCUUCCUCGACUUCAUUUUCGGUAACCAAUGCAUUCCGGCAGUACAGACAGAUUUCUGAGCUCACGAAACCCGAUGAGAAAGCCGAUACACCAUCUAUGGUGCGGGCAUUAGAAGCUCAAGGCAUGCCUGCAAAACAGGCUGAGGCAAUCGUCUCAGCUAUCACUGAGGUGUUGAACGAAAAAUUGCAGAACGUAGGACAUUCAUUGGUUACCAAAGAAGAAAUGGAAAAGUUUGUGAAGUUGAGAGAAUCCAAUCUGUCAAAAUUCAAAUCAGAGCUAGAAAGUUCACAGGAGCGUCAUUUUUCUAUGUUGAAAAGUGAAACUGAAAAACUCCAAGACAGCAUCGAGAAAAUGCGCAGUGAGUUGAGGUUUAAAAUUGACAAUGUCACUGCCGGGCAGCGUUUGGAUUUAAAUCUUGAAAGAAGUCGUAUAAAAGACGAGCUUGCAAAUCAAAAUACUGAAACGACCAACCUUACUAAAAAACUUGACCAGGAAAUCCUUGCAUUAAGAGACCAACUGGCAGCAGCAAAAUAUGAUGUGAUGAAGUACUACAUUGGUGCCCUUGUUUCCAUAGCGGCGGUUGGGUUUGCUGUUGUCCGCAUCUUUAUGUAGGGCAAUUAUAUUUUCAUAUUGAUGGUGGCGUUUAACAGAACUUUCAAUGUCAUUCUUAGUAGACGGCUGCCCGAAAUACUGGCAGAUAAAAUGUUCAAGUGUGGGCGGUUUUUCUUGCCAAGCCCCAGAUUCUAUAGAAUUUUUGAUGAAAUUCUUUAAUAUGGUUAGUUCUUGAUCACUUGGAGGAAAAGGCAGAAGAUAUCUGCACUGUCGAAAUUUUGGAAUAUUGUUGCAAGUAGGCAAUUGAAUUUUCUACAUUCAUAAA